AAAAUAGAUGGAAUAUAUAAAGACAAAAAUUUAAGAAAAGAAAAAUGAAAAUAGGUGUGUGAAUUUGACAAGCUAGAGAGUGACCGCUGGCUUUUGGAUACACCAAAAAGCAUGGAAUGCUUACACGCUCAGCUAUGGCUUUCCUUUUCUCUAUCCAUUUCUCUCUCUGAGUACUAAAAAAAUUUCAAAAGGGGAAAUCUGUUCAUCUUCUUAGCAACAGCCUGUUAACGCUGUGAAAUUCCUCUUACCCAAUUGAAAAAAGCAGCCGACAGCACACAAUUUGCAGCUUCCCCAGCUCAUACUCUACCCUUUUUUCUAGUUCUAUCGCUCUCUCUUUUCAAUCUUCCAACCAAUGCCUUGCGAACCUUAUUGGGUUUCGGAAUUUUUGUGAUCAGAGUCCCCCGUUUGGAAGAAUCUCAACUGGGUUUUGCUCUAAACAUCUCAGAAUGCGAACCCAGAUGGGAACUCGUUUGCUUGCUCUGUUUCUUUUGGGGUUCUGUGUUCUACUAUCUACUGUGAUGCCAGAUCUUGGCUCUGAUAGAACAGCUCUGUUGGCCCUUCGCUCUGCUGUGGGUGGCCGAACUCUUCGGCUCUGGAAUGUGACUGAUCAGAAUCACUGUUCUUGGCCUGGGAUUCAAUGCGAGGACAAUCGUGUCACUGUUCUGCGUCUUCCCGGAGAGGCGCUUUUUGGUCAAUUACCGACCGGCAUUUUUGGGAACUUGACUCAGCUUCGCACUCUCAGCCUUCGGCUCAACGCCCUUUCCGGCCCACUCCCAUCAGAUCUCUCUGCCUGCAUUAAUCUUCGCAACCUCUAUUUGCAAGGUAAUGAGUUUGCAGGUCUUGUCCCUGAUUUCUUGUUCCAGCUUCAUGAUCUUGUUCGUCUUAAUUUGGCGUCCAAUAACUUUUCUGGGGAGAUCUCUUCUGGGUUCAACAAUUUGACCCGUCUUAGGACACUGUUCCUCGAGAACAAUCGCCUGUCUGGGUCUAUCCCGGAUUUGAAGAUCCCUAUGGAUCAGUUCAAUGUUUCUAACAAUCAAUUAAAUGGGUCGGUUCCAAAGGGAUUACAGUCGUUUUCUUCGCGUUCCUUUUCGGGCAAUUCUCUCUGCGGCCGCCCUCUAGAGGCUUGCGUUGGUGAUCUUGUUGUGCCGACUGGGGAGGUUGGGGACAAUGGUGGCUCUGGACACAAGAAAAAGCUGUCGGGGGGAGCCAUUGCUGGGAUUAUCAUUGGAUCUGUACUGGGUUUUGUAUUGAUACUUGUAAUCUUAAUGCUUUUGUGCCGAAAGAAAAGUGCCAAGCAAACGAGUUCAGUCGAUUUAGCCACAGUGAAGGUUCCUGAAGUUGAAGUUCAGGCGGUUAAGCCAGUCGGCGAUAUCGAAAAUGGCGGUCAUAGUGAUGGUUUUACUGUACCAGCCACUGCCACUGCCACUGCCACUGCUGCUGCAACAGCGGCGGCGGGAACAGUGAAUGGCAAUGGAACUGGGUCUAUAAAAUUGGUGUUUUUUGGUAAUGCUGCAAGGGUUUUUGAUUUGGAGGAUCUUUUGAGGGCUUCAGCCGAAGUGUUGGGGAAAGGAACCUUUGGGACUGCUUACAAAGCUGCAUUGGAAGUGGGUUCUGUAGUGGCUGUGAAGAGGUUGAAGGAUGUCACCAUAACUGAGAGGGAAUUCAGAGAGAAGGUUGAAGCUGUUGGUUCUAUGGAUCAUGAAAACUUGGUCCCUCUCCGGGCUUACUAUUUCAGUGCUGAUGAGAAGCUUAUUGUCUAUGAUUACAUGCCCAUGGGAAGCUUAUCUGCUCUUCUACACGGAAACAAAGGAGCUGGAAGGACUCCAUUGAGUUGGGAAAUCAGGUCUGGAAUUGCCCUUGGAGCUGCUCGUGGAAUUGAAUAUCUGCAUUCACAAGGUCCUAGUGUCUCCCAUGGAAAUAUAAAAUCUUCGAAUAUUCUACUAACCAAAUCCUAUGAUGCUCGAGUCUCCGAUUUCGGUUUAGCGCAUCUUGUUGGACCAUCUUCCAGCCCCAACAGAGUAGUUGGUUACCGUGCACCAGAGGUCACUGAUCCUCGUAAAGUAUCUCAUAAGGCUGAUGUGUAUAGUUUUGGCGUAUUGCUAUUGGAGCUUUUGACAGGAAAGGCUCCUACCUACUCCCUUUUGAAUGAGGAAGGAGUUGAUUUACCUAGAUGGGUGCAGUCAGUUGUUAGGGAGGAAUGGACUUCUGAAGUUUUCGACCUCGAACUUCUUAGGUACCAAAACAUCGAGGAGGAAAUGGUUCAACUAUUGCAGCUUGCAGUCGAUUGCGCAGCUCAGUAUCCUGAUAAGCGCCCCACAAUGUCCGAAGUCACAAAGCGUAUAGAAGAGCUUCGCCAAUCCAGCCUACACGAAGUUGUCAAUCCACAACCCGACGCUGCUCGUGAAUCAGACGACAUGUCUUCUAGGUGAGUUUGUUGGUGGUUUAUAGGGUAAAUUUUAUCUCCAUUUGUUGCAUUCUCAAUUUAUUUACCUACCUGCCAUCAUAUCUUUCAUUUGAAGCCAAGAAGAAGUAAGAAGGUAAAGAUUUACCAACAGUUUGAAUUCCUUUAAUGUCUUGUAUUUGUUGUUGGGUUGGUGAUGCAAUUAAUUACUGCCUUUGCCUUUACUUUUGGCUUUUGCUUUUGCUUUUGAUGUGUCGAUAUUGAUGAGAUGUUCUUGUUCUUCUUCUUUAGCUUCUAUGAUGAACUUUGUUUGUUG